AUGCCCGAUUCAGACGACGAAGCCCUCUUCGCCGCCCUCGAAAACGAAGAUGACACUCACUACCGCGACCAACGCAUCCACCAACUCAACGCCGAGCUGGCAGCCACAAAAAACAACCACUCCGCACGGGCAACCGGCGGCAACACAGGCCUCAUCCAAAACGAAGUCUCCCCGACACUCUCGACAGACCAGUCCGUGUUGGACUUCACAACGCGUACAAGCAGGUGUCUGGUUCACUUUGCGCACCCUGAUUUUGUACGGUGCGCGGUUAUGGAUAUGAAGCUUGGUGAGCUGGCGAAUGCACACUAUGAUGUUUCGUUUGCGCGGGUGGAUGUCUUGCCUUGUGUUAUUGGGUUUAAGGAUGGGGUUGGAGUUGACCGGAUUGUUGGGUUUGAAGGGCUCGAAGCGAGGGGCUUUGAUGGGGUUGAAGGGUUUGACGUGAAGGUUCUGGAGAAGAGAUUGGUCUUUAAGGGGAUUCUUUUGGCCGUGAAGAUUGGGGCUGGGGAUGAUGAUGAUGUUAGAGAAGAGGAGGAGAGUGAUGAUGGUGCUGGUGGGAGAGGAUUUGGGAGGAAGAAGGGGAGACGUGGGAUUCGGGGCUCUAAUCCCAAUGUGAGGAACCGUGGUGACGAUGACGAUGACGAUUGGGAUUAA